GGUUUCUGUUUUCAGUCUGUUAUUCUUACAAUUUUGCUCAAAAGUACCCAGGAGUGAAAGGGUUAAGCUCGUAAUCAUAAGAGGGUGGCAAGAAACAACUAUCGCGCGUGCAGGUUUUGAGCAUCGAACUUGAUUGCGCCUUACGUCAUAAAGUCAGACGACUGCGCACGUACGUCACUACUUCUGUCUACGUCACAUUUGGAGUGAUCGCGUGGAUCUAAGGCCAAAACACUAACAAUCCUGCCACCGAGCUGGAGACAUAUUUUGUUCACAUGGAAGCGCACUAGGAACGGUUAAAAUAUAUGGCACAAUUAUAUUUUGACCAAGACGCGACUCUCGUCGCUUCUGUUUGCUUCCCUCGACCUCGCUAUCACGGCGUCCCAAGACUUGUCGUCAAAGGAUCCAAACUUCACCCAAAAGAUCUCCCAACCUGUCUACCCAUGGGACCUCACCGGCGAGAAUUCGAACGACACCCACCUUGCCUUGGGCUUGGCAGGGGGGUCAACCUAAUCCCGCAUCAGGAUCAGUUUACGGGAGCUGAUGCAGCCAUGGCGUUGCUUCCGCCGAUAGAGAAGGUGCAGUUUGCAAAUGAGAAUGACAUUGAUGAGGACGCCAUUGAUGAGAACGUCCUUCUGCCAAUCUACCGCUCCCUCAAGGCUGAUAUGGUGCGCUUUACAAAGAACAUCAUGGAGCCACGCCCAGGGUUGUGGCAAGCUGUCGCCCCAGAAUGGGAACGAGCGCAGAUACGCUAUAACCAGGGCCACUCAUACGAAGUAGAGCGACGGGGAGCCAAGCCUGUAAACAGGCUUCCUCGUGUGGAAAGCAAGAUGCGAUUUGACAAUUUCAAGGAGCCUAUCCCGAAACUGCCUCCAGAAGUCGAAAUACCCGCUCCUAAGAUACCCAAAUUUACCAGGCCUACGCCGGGUUAUGGAGGCUACGUACCGCGCUAUCCAGUCAACCCCAGGCCCCCGGAGGAAUGUCCGAAUCUCGGCCUCACUAACAUCCAUCGCACUACAUACAGGUUGUUCCCGUCAUACGUCUAUACAAAGGGGGAAUUCGCGCAUCAAGGGCCUUUAUCAAAGAGUGUGACAACCACGCCUCCUUUCAACCCUUUUAAUAAGAUUGACAGGCUGGAGCUCAACUCUGACAAGUUACUAUGGAAACGCCAUAACCAAUCAAAGCCCACUCGGGUCCUCAAAAUCAGGCAUUGACUAAGAAUGUAGGAUGAAUUACAAACUUGAUAAAAAUGCUUUAUAUGGUCA